AUGAAAGUUCCCAGAGAAAACAGUGACUCAGACAGGAAGAGGGUGAGGGACAUCGAGAGAACGAGCGCUCGCCAGAAUGCCCAGAUGAGGCGUGCAGUCAACCCGGUUCACUCGCUAAGGCGCUGUUCGAUGUGGUGUUUCUCGUCAUAUAGACGCUGCCUUGGCCUGAAUGCUGCGGAGGGAGCAUUACUCCUUGGCCCCUUCCGCAGCCUGACUAUUUAUUUGUAUGUGUGCCUGUUGUGGGAGCAGGGACAGCAGGUCGUCAUAAUCGGGAGUUUAAGCCAAGAGUAUGAUACGCUGAAUAGUGACACUCAGAAAAGCCUCCAGCAAAGCCGGAGUUCAUGGGUUUCUGACGAAGAUGAUACCAAAAGCUGGAACAUGAGGGCGAUAGAUAGCAAGAGGUCAUCAGCUGACCCUGUCCAGCAGUCCGUCAGCAGCACAGAGUCUCUAUUCUCCAUUGCCCCAGAGAAGUUGCCCCCUCCUCCUCUGCCUGCCAUUCAGAGCCUUGGGGAGCCAAAACAGCCUGCAGCUACACCUCUACCUCCAACCUCAGGGGUGCUUAGGGACCAGUCAUCCCAGGGAUGGAAGAGCCCACAGCCCAGGGAUACGAACGAAGACACUGAUGAGGACGUUUCCAACUGGACUCCCGGCCGACCCAGGCCACCUAAACCUAAGAAUGCUAUCACUGUCGCUGUCUCUUCCCGGGCACUUUUCAAUAUGGUGGAAGACAGUAAAAUCUUUGAGAAUGAAGGACUGGAGAAGUACAUGGAGUACCAGAUCAACAAUGAGAAUGUCAUUCUGAGCCCGGGACCCGCCUUUGGCUUCGUCAAGGCCCUGCAGAAUGUCAAUGCCAGACUGCGCAGUCUUUAUCCCAAUGAACAGGACUUGUUUGAUAUUGUGCUGAUGACUAAUAACCAUGCCCAAGUGGGGGUGAGGCUCAUAAACAGCAUCAAUCACCAUGGCUUAUUAAUUGACCGCUUCUGCCUGACCGGUGGAGAAAGCCCUAUUGGCUAUCUAAAGGCAUAUCUUACAAACUUAUAUCUUUCUGCAGAUUCUGACAAGGUACAAGAAGCCAUAGAAGAAGGGAUUGCCGCAGCUACAAUGUACCUGGGGAAUAAAGACUUGCCAUUCUCAGAUACACAACUCCGAGUGGCUUUUGACGGGGACGCUCUCCUUUUCUCCGAUGACUUUGAACAGAACGUCAACACACCAGAACCAAACAAGACUUCUCAGCAAGACCCAUUUAGUAAGGACAAACCUCUUGCCCAGGGUCCCUUGAAACAAUUCCUAGAAGACUUAGGGCGGCUGCAAAAGAAGUUUUACACCAAGAAUGAGAGGCUACUCUGCCCCAUCAGGACCUACCUCAUCACGGCCAGGAGCGCCGCCACGUCUGGGGCCCGCGUGCUCAAGACACUCCAUGCCUGGGGCCUCGAGAUCGAUGAGGCUCUCUUCCUGGCCGGGGCUCCCAAGGGGCCCAUCUUGGCGAAAAUACGGCCCCACAUCUUCUUUGAUGACAACAUGUUUCACACCAAGGAAGUGCAGAAGUUUGGAACCAUCAUAGCCAGCGUACCCUUCCUCAGCUCUCUCAGAGGUAGCCUAAGUCAGGAAGCCUGGGGAAGGGCCUGGGUGCACAUCAGUGUCCUGAAGGCUGGAAAGCGGAUGCCUCAGCAAAGGUCUGGGCAGGCUUGGCGUGAAGGACACGUGGACAGCUCGGCCUGA